AUGUCUAAAAGAAGUAUUAAAACCAAAAAAGAAAGAGAAGACUCACUGAAAAAAGAAGAAGAAGAGAAAGAAAAAGAUUUUCUUGAGAAGCAAAAGAGUUAUUUUGAAGAUUUAGACACCUUCAUUCUUGAAGAAGACAUAGAUACAGGAGAUAAAGAUACAGAAAAAUCAAAUAAUCAAGAAGAAGAUCUUGACAUGAUUAGCAAAAUUGAGAGUAACAAUGAACAAGAUGAAAAGCCAACUAUGAAAAAUGAUACAACAGAAAAGAAAGAAAAUAAUGAGAAUGAAUUAACAAAUGAAGAAGAACAAAUAGAACAUUACUCAAGAAAGAGAAUAAAAGAAAGUUCACUUUCAUCUGAACCAAAACGAUGUUUUGAUUGA